AUGUACAGCUUCAUGGGUGGGGGCUUGUUCUGUGCCUCUCUGGGGAACAUCCUCCUGGUGGUGUCGACGGUGACCGACUACUGGAUGCAGUACCGAUUGGCAGGCGCCUUUGCUCACCAGGGACUCUGGAGGUACUGCUUCCCUGGCAAGUGCUACAUGCAGCUGGAGAGCAUUGCCUACUGGAAUGCCACCCGGGCCUUCAUGAUCCUCUCUGCCCUCUCUUGUUUUGCUGGCAUCAUCACCGGCAUCUUUUCCUUCGCCCAGUUCUCCACUUUCCAGCGCUUCAACAGAUCCUUUGCGGCCGGCGUCCUGUUCUUCGUUUCCACGCUCUUUGUCCUUCUGGCGAUGGGGAUCUACACCGGGGUCACGGUCAACUUCCUUGGCAAGCGAUUUGGCGAAUGGUGUUUCUCCUGGUCUUACAUCUUGGGUUGGGUUGCUCUCCUGAUGACUUUCUUUGCAGGUAUAUUUUACAUGUGUGCCUACAAGAUGCACAAAUGCCAGCGACUGGCUGUGACCCGCUAG